GCCUGCACCCGUGUACCGGGACCUAUAGAGAUACCACAGAUAUCGUGAAGCGGUUCAUCGGUUUCUGCCAAGUCUCCUGGAGAAAGACUCACGUAAAUUCGUAAUAAUUUGAUACCUUGAUUUUCCAAGUAAAGAAACCAAUAGCUGUCACAUUUCUACCAUGAGCGACAACAAACCUGGAAAAGAAACCUUACGCGUUGCCAUCAUCGGCCAGAGUCUCUUCGCUGUCGAAGUUUACAAAGCAAUCAAAAGUAAUGGACAUCACAUAGUCGGCGUUUUCACUAUCCCUGAUCAGGGAAGCAAAGAGGACCCUCUUGCGACGAUUGCUAGUCAAGAUGUUGUGCCUACUUUCAAGUUCAAGGCUUGGAGACAAAAAGGUCAAAUCAUUCCAGAGGUGCUGGAGCAAUACAAAUCGGUUGGGGCCAAUCUUAAUGUUCUUCCUUUUUGCUCACAAUUCAUUCCGAUGGAAGUAAUUGACUAUCCGCAAUACAAGAGUAUCGUUUAUCACCCUUCUAUCCUUCCGCGUCACCGCGGUGCUAACGCAAUUGCUUGGACUCUGAUCGAAGGAGAUGCCAAAGCAGGGUUGUCUAUUUUCUGGGCUGACGAUGGACUUGACACGGGACCUGUUCUACUUCAAAGGGAAUGCGAUGUCCUCGAAGACGAUACCCUCGAUUCAUUGUACAAGAGAUUCAUGUAUCCAGAAGGAAUCAAAGCUACGGUUGACGCCGUUGAAUUGAUCGCGUUGGGUACAGCCCCAGUACUUCAGCAACCGGUCGAUGGAGCGACUUACGACCCUGCGCUUAACAAGAAAGAUCUUCAACAGGUGCAAUGGCGACUAAGUGGCCAACAGUUGCACAAUUUUAUUCGCGGUUUGGACAGUUCACCAGGUGCUUGGACUUGCGUCUCUUUGGAGGAACCAACAGAAUCGACGGCCUGGCAAGAAAUCCGUCUUUACGGUUCCCAACUGUUUAAAGAUUCCUCCAUACCCACUGGACGAUCGGUUUAUUUUCAAGGAAACGAUAAACCUGGGAUACAAUGGGAGAAUGGAUUGCUUAUACCAGGCCAAGACGGCAAAUGGGUAAACGUGCAACGUAUAAGUGCUGAAGGAAAAGUGAUGAAAGCCGCCAAUUAUGGCCGCCAAGCUGAAAGUUCCUCUUCAGCGGCUGUGGAGUUGACGGAAGAUGAAAAAGCCAAACAGGAAAUCAUCCGUCAAGUGUGGAAAAGCAUUUUAAGCGCUGACGUGAGCGAUGAGACCGACUUCUUCGCUGCUGGAGCCGGUUCCAUGGAUGUCGUACGUCUAGUCGAAGAGCUGAAGGACAAAAUUGGUGUCACCUUGCAAAACGAAGAUGUUUUUAUGGCAACGAAAUUUAACGAGCUUAUCCAGUGUGUUAUCUCCAAACUCCGAGGAGAUGGAUCCGAUGGUUCGGGGAAAGUCGAAUACGAUGCUAUUGUGAUGACAGUUAACAAUAGAGAAAUUCGAUUUCCCCAUCAGCAAUUUAUUAACGGGAAAUUCAUGGAUGCCGCCAGCGGAAAAACAACGGCGAUCAUUAAUCCGACGGACGAGUCCGUCAUUUGCCAAGUAUCUAGCGGUGGAAUUGAAGAUGUCCAAAAAGCUGUGGAAGCUGCUCGAAUGGCAUUUGAAGAAGGUGAAUGGGGGAAAAUGAACGCCAGGGACCGUGGACGACUUCUUUUUAAAUUGGCUGACCUGAUGGAAGAGCACAAAGAAGAACUAGCCACUAUUGAAUCAAUUGAUUCAGGAGCCGUGUACACGUUAGCUUUGAAAACCCACGUUGGCAUGUCCAUCGAUACAUGGCGCUAUUUCGCAGGUUGGUGUGAUAAAAUUCAUGGUUCUACUAUCCCAGUAAACAAUGCGCGCCCUAACAAGAAUUUUACCUUCACCAGACGAGAGCCUAUCGGUGUUUGUGGCUUAGUUACGCCUUGGAACUACCCGCUGAUGAUGCUUUCGUGGAAAAUGGCAGCAUGCUUGGCAGCUGGAAACACAGUGGUUCAUAAACCAGCAGAAGUUUGCCCUUUAACAGCUUUGAAGUUCGCCGAGUUGGCUGCCAGAGCUGGAAUUCCUCCUGGUGUUAUCAACAUUGUUACCGGGAAAGGAAGUAUUAUCGGACAAGCAUUGGCCGAACAUCCAGUGGUGCGUAAACUGGGUUUCACGGGAAGCACAGAAACAGGCAAAAUUGUGAUGCGAGCUUGUGCUGAUUCCAAUUUAAAAAAGACUUCAUUAGAAUUGGGUGGCAAAUCCCCUUUCAUAAUUUUCUCCGACUGUGACAUCGAUCGAGCUGUUCGUUUGGGCAUGAGUAGCGUAUUUUUCAACAAAGGUGAAAACUGUAUUGCAGCAGGCCGCUUGUUUGUCGAAAAGCCCAUCCACGAUGAGUUUGUUAAACGAGUUCUGAUCGAGAUAGGCAAAAUGUCUAUCGGUGAUCCGCUGGAUCGUGGAACUCAACAUGGCCCCCAGAAUCACAAAGCGCAUUUGGACAAGUUGAUCGAGUAUUGCGAUAUCGGCGUGAAAGAAGGAGCAACAUUAGUCACUGGAGGCAAACGCGCAGACCGGCCGGGCUUUUUCUUUCUCCCAACUGUUUUCACUGACGUGCAAGAUCAUAUGUACGUUGCCAAAGAGGAAUCAUUUGGACCUGUAAUGAUCAUCUCUCCAUUCGAGAGCGGUGAUGUGGAUAGUGUUUUACGUCGUGCCAACGCAUCCGAAUACGGUUUAGCUUCUGGUGUAAUCACGCGAGAUCUAAGCAAAGCUCUUUACGUCACGGAAAAGCUGCAGGCAGGUACCGUGUUCGUCAAUACUUAUAACAAAACAGACGUUGCAGCUCCAUUUGGCGGUUUCAAACAAUCUGGAUUCGGAAAAGACUUGGGAGAGGAAGCCUUGAACGAAUAUCUAAAGACUAAAUGUGUGACUAUCGAAUAUUAAGAGCUGUCAUCCUAUAUGCUUUGGAUUCUACCCAACUGCAGUCCAGUAGUAAGUAGUACGUGCAAAAGGUCAUUGCCAUAAGGGCAUCAAUCAAUAUCGCCUUAUAGCUUACGAUUUGCUAAUUCAUGUUUAAUCACUUGGUUCAAUAAACGGAGUUUGGUAAA